GUAUCAAUCUUCCCGUCUGUCAGGUUUAGCACCACUGCCAACCGGUGCAGCUGUCAAAAUUGCACCGAAGCUUUACCAGUGCGUUGCUGUUUUGAAAGCGAUCUGCCGGGCAAAUUUGAGCGUUCCCAAGAAACGCAGACAACAGCAAAAAAAACGGACCAUGUUUUUUGCACCCUUCAUGUGGCGAGUGCGUUUGGCUUAGUUUUCGAAAAAAAGAAAAAGCGACCCUGAAAAACAAACACACUCACCAUGUCCACGGAAGCCUUGGAGACGGCUGCGCGGAACGAUGCUGGCCGGGAUACGCGAUGUCGGCUGUGCCUGAAGCAGAUCGAAAUAGCACAGACGGCCGGCAUCGAUUUGCUGGAAAAUCAGGACAUCAACCGCCUACUGCUCGAUGUGUACCGGGUGGAGGUACUGCAAACCGAUGAGGGUCCAACGAUGAUCUGCGUGCCUUGCUACGUACAGCUCGUACACCACUACAAACUUCGGAUACGCUGUCUGUCGCUGAGGAAAAACUUCCGGCUAAAUCAGUCGGUGCUGCUUGCCCAGAUCAACGCAUUCCGCGCUAUCGCCGGGGAGGCGCGCAUUGCGAGCAUCAACGAACUCGCUGAAAGUGCGCCACAAUGCAGCAACGGCACGGCGGUGCAGGAGAGGGGUACCCAGACAGACGUUGUUAGCCUGCCGUCACCGGCAAAGUCCAGUGCACCAGAACCAAAUACCGCACUGGUCGGUAUGCCGAACCGGCCAGAACCAAAUGCCGAACCGGCCGUGGAAAAGGAAUCGGCAACUAUUGUUAUCGACGAUGAAUCGAGGGAAGGAUCGGUUGUGACCGUACAAAGCGAAGUAAUGGCAGAUCUGAUGAAUGCAGCUGAAAACCAAGCGACCGUGGAAGCACAAUUGGCCACCGAGGACAGUGUGCCAACGGUAGAAAGGGUAUCGACGGCAGAGAGCGGCUCAGCACCAGCAGUAGAAAGUGCGCCAGCAGCAGAAAGCGAGCCAACGGAUGAAGUCGUCACUGCUGCGGAAGUGGAAUCAGCGCCACAUGCCACCACCCCACCGAAGGAAGGCAGCGCGCAGCGAAUGCGCAUACAGCAGCUGAUUCCCGUGCUGGUGGACUGCCUGAAGGUGCCCCACUAUCUCGAGGCGCUCUGGCCAGUCAAGGCGACCAUCGACCGGGACGAGCCGGCCCCGCUGGUGUACAUGUGCCGCACCUGCAACAAAACGUUCAAAUCCAAAGACUCGCUCGAACACCACCAGAAGCGGGCGGACUGUGUGCCCACCUGUCGCUACUGCAAAACCGUCUCGAGUGCGGAGCAUAAUUGCACCUUUAUAAAGAAAUACUCCUACCUGAUGCCGCACAUCCUGGGCAAUGAUAAGUAUUGCACGAAGUACGAGGAUCCCGGCACCGCCGUCCUCCUCCAGCCCGCCGGGGAUGGUGCGAGCGGGUCGACCAACGGCACGGAAACGCCACCAAAGGGCUCGCCCACCGUUAACGGCCCCUCGGUGGUGAAUAAUGGUACCGGGUCGAAGAAGACGAAGCGCGACAAAAAUGGUAAAAAAAUACGCACCCCCUCCACGUCCGACCGGCGCUCCCAUACGCCCAGUCUGAAGAGUGCGCCGAAGCGACGUGACAGUCGGAACCGCAAGCUGAGCAACGGAUCGUUGGAAGCCGCCAAACCGGAGCGGGAGAAAAGCGGCGACCAGGCGCAAACCUCCAUCUGCCUGUCCUCGUCGGAUGAGGAUGAGCUGGCUAUCUCUUUUGCGAGGCGUGCAAGCGGUCACAGCAUUAAGCGACGACGAAUUUCAUCCCGCGAAGAUUGAAAAGUGUCAUUUUCUCGAACAAAAAACAGGGACGCGUGGAAAGUGUACAUUUUUUAAUAUUCUUAAACCAGGUUAUGUUGUAUUUUUGCACUUUUGGUAUGAACAAAAGUAAUAAAACGGAGUCUUAAAAUUA